GGCCAAGUGUGGCUCAGCUGAACAAAAGAAAGCUCUAGAUUUUAGUAGUCGACUGAAAUUGAAGAGCUAAACAUUGCUGUAUUUGAGCGAAUUUUAGGCAUCACUGUAAAAAACCUGAAGUUACUGCUUUGUUCUUGAGACAAACUCUUCAAUGGACGCCACCAUGGGUAGUAGAGAUCAACCGGAGAAGUUCAGUCAUGCUCUUCUGCACCUGCUGGACCAACUACCGGGCUUCGGUGAUAUCUUUGACGAGGAGAGCUUCUACUGGACCUUCAUAGUGUUUGUCCUUUCUACGUUCCUCCUGGCGUACUAUCUCUCGCGUAACAUCACCAUCAAGUCCGUCGACUAGUCAUCAAGUCCGUGGACUAGUCGUCGUGUCCGUUGAAUAGUCGUCGUCAUGGACAGCCUCUCGGGCAAGCAAGGUUGGAAGAAAAACUUUGACAGUUAACACGUCAUGAAGGGGAUUCAUCAUUAUUCAUAACUGUUGUGCAAUAAAAGAACUACAAAUUGUGUUUUGUAAACGAACAGAUCAUUAGAAACUGAAUACUGAAAAUGCUGGCUGAACCUGCAAAGGAUUGAAUGGGCAGUGGCACUUUUUUAUUAUCAUCAUAGAACUACCAUUUGGAGAUGCUCUUCUGUAGCUGUGAUACUGGUACUAUACAUGCAGGUCUGAUCUGCAUUUCUACUGACAAUUUUGAUUGAUAAUUUAGAUGGGCAAUCGAAAAAGGCAAUAUCACAGUACUUCUGCUGACAACAAGUGGGCGAGAGCUGGACUCUUGACAAUGGGAAAGCAGACCAGUAAACUAGCUAAGACCAAUCUUGAUAACUUGGCAGAAACCACACACUUCAGCGAGAAAGAGAUUAGACAAUGGCAUGAAGGGUUUACAAGAGAUUGUCCAAAUGGAACCCUGAAUAGACAAGAAUUCCUGGAAAUUUACAAGCAGUUUUUUCCGUUUGGAGAUGCCACCAAGUUUGCUUCAUAUGUGUUUGAUGUCUUCGACGAGAAUGGGGACGAGGAGAUUGAAUUUGAGGAGUUCAUCCAAGCUCUAUCUGUUACAUCAAGAGGAAACAUUGAUGAAAAACUAAAUUGGGCAUUUCGUCUGUAUGACCUCGAUGGAGAUGGCACGAUCACCAGACGAGAGAUGCUGAGCAUCGUGGAGGCUAUCUAUCAGAUGGUGGGCAACAUGGUGCAGCUUCCGGAGGAUGAGAACACACCGGAGAAGAGAGUCGACAAGAUAUUUGCUCUCAUGGACAAGAAUCGAGACAAUCAGAUAUCCAAAGAAGAGUUUCUGGAUGGCUCCAGGAAGGAUCCGUCCAUCGUCCAAGCUCUAUCGCUCUACGAUGGACUGGUGUGAGCAAAUCCAGAACCUUACCAUCAUUUCAUCACAAGAGGGUAUCCCGUACAGCGUACUUUUAAACAUUCCUUGUUGCUCAUCAAGUUCAGCAGAAUCAUCAGGUGCUAUCGUUAUAUUUCCAAAGCAUACCGUUAAUAGAAAGGGUUGUGGGAAUCAUUUUCCAGAAUUCAUUAUAAGUGGUGCAUGGAAUUUACAUUCUUUGAUCGCCAAGGGGGAUACUUCUGUAAACAGAAAUAUCGUUUUUUACAUGUGCUUUCUCCUGUGCAUUCAAAGUUUGCACAAUCAAAGAAGUGCUACAUACUUCAUGUUAACAGUUUUAGGCAGAAAGGGCAUACAAAACAAUAUUUCAUCAUGUGUCUUAUCUAUUCAGUUUUGAUUACUGAAGGAAUUACAAUAUCACUGUUAUUAAUUUGGUUGGUGAACGGUCUGGUCUGUUGCAUAAAUGUUUCUGUACUUGUAAGCAUUGUAAAUCACAUUGAGAGGUCUUACAAUCCCAAAAUGAAUCAAAAA